AUGAUAGAUUGGAUUCUCAACUUGGAAGAGGUGUUGUCAUGUAUUCCACCACCCAUAACAUAUGCUCUGAAAUGUACUACAUCAAAGACCACUACAAAGGUUAAUGGUGACCCACCAUCAAGUGUAAUGCUUUGGGAUGACUUCUUCAAUGAAGUGAACUGCUUUCACUUUGACCAACAACCAAGAUUCAAGAGACCACAAUUUAUUCAAAAUAAAGUGGUAUUAAAUGAGGAGGAUGUUUGUGUUGCUAUUGAUGUCAAUAUCUGCAUGGUGUUAAAUAGGUUUAUGGGACCAGACUGCGUAUUUUCAAGGCUAUCAACUCAUACUACUGCCAUACUGGAUUUCAACUGCCAUCAUGUGGAAACAUUGAUAUUGGUAAUUGAAGUUAAGAGGAAGUAUAUAUUUUAG